AUGCUAGCAAGGACACGUGACGAGGAUUUGCUAGCAAGGACACGUAACGAGGAUAUGCUAGCAAGGACACGUAACGAGGAUAUGCUAGCAAGAACACGUAACGAGGAUAUGCUAGCAAGGACACGUAACGAGGAUAUGCUAGCAAGAACACGUAAUAAGCAUAUGCUAGCAAGAACAGGUGACGAGGAUAUGCUAGUAAGAACACGUAACGAGGAUAUGCUAGCAAGAACACGUGACGAGGAUAUGCUAGAAAGAACACGUAACGAGGAUAUGCUAGCAAGGACACAUAGCGAGGAUAUGCUAGGAAGGACACGUUACAAGGAUAUGAUAGCUUGGACACGUAACGAGGAUAUGCUAGCAAGAACACGUUACGAGGAUAUGAUAGUAAGGACACGUAACGAGGAUAUGAUAGCAAGGAAACGUAACGAGGAUAUGAUAGCAUGGACACGUAACGAGGAUAUGCUAGCAAGGACACGUGACGAGGAUAUGACAGCAAGAACACGUGACGAGGAUAUGCUAGCAAGGACACGUGACGAGGAUAUGACAGCAAAAACACGUGACGAGGAUAUGCUAGCAAGGACACGUGAUGAGGAUAUGCUAGCAAGAACACGUAACGAGGAUAUGAUAGCAAGGACACGUAACAAGGAUGUACUAGCAAGAACACGUCACGAGGAUAUGCUAACAAGAACCGGUGACGAGGAUAUGCUAGCAAGAACACGUAACGAGGAUAUGCUAGCAAGGACCCAUGACGAGGAUGCUAGGAAGGACACGUUACAAGGAUAUGCUAGCAUGGACACGUAA